AUGCAGAGCGAAUCGAAGCGCACCCGAGGCUACUGCCUCUCGCUGGCGGGAGCCGCUCUGGCUUACGCCGCCGUCCUGGGUGUCUGUGCGUCUACGGAGAUCGCCGAGGGCAUCCACGGCCUACGUGUUCUAGAGGGCCCACUUAGCGAAGCGUCGGCUCUGGUUCAAGGUCGCAUCAUUUCGAUCUUCAUUGCAGCCGGUCUUGACAUUCUAGUCGCUGUUCUAUCCUUGGCGGCCGUCACGUUCCGCGUUCCGCAGUUGACGUCCUUUCUUGCGUGGGCAGCCUUGAUAACUGGGAUAUUCAGCUUUGUUUCCGUUAUCAUCUGGUACCUCGGCGUCCGCCUUUCCUUGUGGAUAGUCCUCGGCGUGGCAAUCCCGAUGGUUCGUAUUUUCGCCUCUCUGGCAAACGUACAAGCUGCCGGCGGGAAUGGAUUCGAGGGUACAAACUAUAGAAUACUUGGACAGGUGCGGGAAGAUUUGUUAGCUGAUCCCGGUGAGAUGCGUAAAUUGGGCACAUGGGGAGUUGGCAUGUCUGUGGGCACAGGCACCAUCGUAUUCAGUUUGUUCUGUCUCUUCGUUGCCAUGCUUGAGUGCUCGGGAUUCUGGGGCAGCCGCCUUUACGCCCCCACUACACAGGGGCCGAACACCUGCCUGCUUAUUCAUGGCAUCUUACUGUCCAUUGCGGGUGUCGCAGGACUAGUUGGAGCUGUGGGAGUUUGGAAAUCGUUCACCAUUAUUGCCACUGCUUUUUCCAUCCUGGCUAUUCCUGUUAGCAUUUGCCUGCUCAUCUGGUGGAACGUCAUCGCUUCCACAUCAUCCAGUGUCGCUCCCUAUAGUUUUUGGCAGGCCAAUGCCCUGGUCAAAGACCAGUGGUGGUUCCUCUGUGCUGUCCCUCUCGGUCUGUGGAGCUACAUGGCAAUGGCGCGUCUGCAGCAGAAUCAUUUUUCCGGUUUUGAGGGGCCUGAGGAAGUCCGGGAGACAGAAGAACAAAAGCUCUUAGAUGACAACAUCUGA